CCAGUCCUAAUGUCCAAACGUUGUGUUUUGAUGGAGUUGCCAAAAUAUUAUUGUUUCGUGCGAAGCGUUUAAGUCGCCGAUUCAAACUAGACAUUAUUCCCCCUUUAAACCAGAAAAGAUGAAUAUUGAAACUAAAAUACAGCUCGCCCUAGACACUAAACUCUGUACAAAAGUAAUCGGAAAAGGUGGCGGAGGAUGUAUAAAUUCCGGCGAAUGCUACGAAAUCGAUGGUAACAAAUUGAUCUUUGUAAAGACUUGCUCGAAAACGAAUGCAGAAGAAAUUAUUGCCGGUGAAUUUGAGUCAUUGCUAACGAUUCAACGAACCAAACAGAUUAGUGUACCCGAUCCACUCAGUGUAAUACGAGAGAACGAUCAACAAGUUUCACUAAUAAUGUCUUACAUUGACAUGAAAUCGCUGAACCAGCUUCAAGCGGAGUUGGGCGAACGUUUGGCCAAAUUACAUUUGCAUAAUCGCCAAGUAAUGGAGCGACGAACCCACGAUGCUGGCUAUGUUGGUUCGAGUAAAACUGCAGCGGAAACUCCCGUUACAGAAUUCGGUUUUCAUUGUGUCACAAACUGUGGUGCAAUAGCACAAAACAAUGAAUGGCACAAGGAUUGGAUAACAUUUUUCGCUCGCAAUCGCCUGGAUCAUCAAAUUCGAUUAAUCGAAGCGAAGUACAAUGACCGUGAGGUGAACGAACUGUGGUCGGAAUUGCAAUUGAAACUUACGACAUUUUUCAAACCUUUCACCGAUCAAUCAAUCGAAAUUCAGCCCAGCUUACUGCACGGGGAUCUGUGGUCGGGUAACGUGUGCGAAUCAAACAAUCAACCGUACAUCUUUGAUCCGUGCUGCUUUUACGGCCACUCUGAGUAUGAUUUAGCAAUUGGUGAAAUGUUUGGUGGCUUUCGUCCGGCAUUUCGUCAACGUUAUGAGAGUGUCAUUGGAAGGGCGGAUGGUGCGGAGAAGCGUAGCGAACUUUAUCAAUUGUUUCACUACUUGAAUCACUGGAACCAUUUCGGUGGAGGAUAUCGUAGUCAAUCGUUGAGUUUAUUAAAGAAAUUGAAUCGGAUGUAGAGUCGAAAACAGAAGUUUUGUUUUGCGCAGAGAAUCUAG